UUGAACCGCCAAAACUAGCGUGGAAAAGCAAAAUAGUUUAGGCGGCGCGCGAAGGCUGUUAAUUAUGUUUAUGAUUGAAAGAAGAACUUUCAUUUUACUGUCUUCAGAGUAGUUCGAAUUUUUUUUCGAUGAAAAAAACUCCGAUCUCCCAUCGCCAUUUGCCAUCGAGUACUCGCCACUCAGGUGAUGUAAACAAAACAAGGAAUGCCACUUCGAAGACAAGGCCUUUAGUGUCCUCAAGUAGCUCCACAUCAGAUUUCCAGCAGAAAUCCAAAAAUGACAAUGUCUUUGGUAAGACACUCUUAGACACACAGACAUCAUUAAGUGUAAGAGACAGACAACUACAAAAAUACCAGCAACAGUUAGAGCAUCUGAAGAAAGAAAACAAUGAACUCAAAGCAGAGCUGCAAUUCAUCAGGUCUCUCUACAAACAGCUUGUGGAAGAAGUACCACAGGAGAGAUUUGAUGAACGAAGAGUAAACUUACUUAAAUCUCAGGUUAUACAACUAGAGAGACAAGUUCUUCUCCAGGGUAGUGCUUUGCAAGCCAGAAAAAAUUUGUUCCUACAAAUUGAAAAUAAACUUCUAAACUUAAAAGAAACAUUGAGGAGUCUUUACUCACCAGAUGAGCCAUCAAAUUAUUUAACAGUAUCACGUGAAUAUAUACAUAAUUUGGAAUAUCGAUUAGAGGGAACAAGACUUGAUUUAUACAAGAACAAAGAGAGUGCUGAGGCUGAUGACCUCUGUCUGCCUGCCAUAUACAUGGAUGAUUUCUUGAAACAAUCAAAAUCUGUGGAAGAUCAAACUGUUACCCUGUUAGACUGUUGCAGUGGAAAAGUUGAACAUCUUAACUUGAAGCAUGUGUCCAGGCUUGAAUCGAAGCUCUGCAAACUUUACAAAAACAUGGUUUGCCUGAAGGAAAUGCUUACAGUUGAGCCAUCCUCACAACCAGCAAGCUUAAUCAGUGAACAUAUAUCACAGCCAAUCAGAGAUAGGCUUGCAAGUCAUGUGACAACAGUGACAGACAUGCUGAGAGACUGUAGUGAGGACCUGUUGUCUUUGUCUGUCCUGUAUCCUGCUGCACCCUGGCCUCCCUUAAAGAAGGUUAUUCGAGAAGAUCUCACAGAAGAGAGUAUCAUGUCUCACAUGCCAGAGCUGAGCCGGAAAAAACAGCAAGAGGUGAGAUCAGUUGUGCAAGCCUUGAUGAAAUCAAUCAGCUAUUCAAAGCACAUACUGUCACUAGAGAUAAAAAUACUUAAAGAGGAGCUGUCAUUUCAUCGGCAAGUUUACCAAUGCCAGGUUGACUAUGCAGAGUCCCUGCUAUCUGCAGUUAGAGAGGCAUACCAGACAUUUGAAGGAAAUUUUAUGGAACUGCUUUGUAAGCCUUUGGAAGAUAUACUCAGUGCUUACAAAAAACUGAAAGACACAGCCUCUGAAGAUGAUUUGCGAACUUUUUUGUCCUCAUUCAAGGACCAUGAAUCACAGUUAUCAGAUGCUAUGGAUCUUCUUCAGCCCAGGAAGGAAAAGGAACAAUCAGGUAUCACAGCCCUCUCUGACUUCCAAACUCACUUUGUUGAUGCUGUGCAUUCUCUCACGAGGAAGUGCGUGUCCAAGAGAGAUAAGCUGAUGAAGCAGUUGCUUGAAGCUAAGGAUGGUGGGCUGAAAGAAGACACCACUACAUGUACAUCAACAGCAGAUGAUGAGGCAGUGAACACUUCAGAGAGUGGGAAAGGACUCAGCUUGUUACAGCAAUUGAAAACAUUAUAAUAAUAACAAAAAAGUUGAGAAUGGGGUUAUUUUUAAUUUUAGCUGUUAGCAGUUAUCACAACAUCAAUGUGACAGUAUCAUCAAUCUACGCUAACAAGCCUCACCAGCUUUGAUGAUUUGAAUCUACUGAACAAUGGCAUCAGUAACCUCUCCAUGGUUGGAUAUAAGAACCAAGAGAUAGAAAAUUUUGCCAAUUACAUUAAAUAAGUUUAAAAUACAACACCAACUCAAGUUGUGGUCAAGAAGUUGAUUGGCAAUAGGAAGCUAUUUUGACAGUACUUUGAAAUCAUGUUUAACAAAAAGCUUUUGGGAAAAAUGUUCAAAGGACAUUAUCUUCAUAAAAUCUAAAAAUUUUGUCUGUGUAAUUUAGGACACUCAUUUAUCAAAUUUUUUAAUCAACUAAUAAAAUGUCCCUCAUACUCUUUAUUUAGGAAAAAUAUUAGAACAGUACAUGUGCAAUAAGAAGUUUCAAAGCUCAAAUAAAUGUUUUAAAGAAGACAUGAUAACUAAUUUUUGUGAGAAUAUAUGACAGGUAACAUUUUCAAUCAUGAGUCUUGCACAGGAAUAAUAUUUAAAAAUGGAAUUAUCUGAUAAAAUUAAAUUGAGCUAAAACUAAUGACAUGAACUGGUCCUUCCCCCGGCUUUCUGCAGCUUGGCUCUGAACUGAUAAAGAAGCAGUCUUAUUCUAAAAUACUGGUAACCAGUGUAGAUGCUCCUCUUGCAGAAUGUUAAUGGUUUGAGGUCAAGAAGAAAUUAUUAUGCACACCCAAGAUGUGUUAAUUUUGGUACAAGAAUCCUUUACAUGCCAGUGUUAUUCAAUACUAGUUUGUAAACGUAGGCACAUUUUUACUUGACAGUAGCAUGUCUUAGGCAAUUUAUAAGU